GAGAGGGCCGCCGCCUUGCUCUACCGUUCGCCCGCAGUCGAGCUCUCCUGGAGCAGCAUGUAUAUAGCGAACAACUAGCUGGCUGCGUCUGCGUGGUGGGGUAAUUUAUUAGUAGUUGCAUACAGCAGGAGGGAGGAAAAAUGGCCGGCGGAGAGGACGACGACGGUUCAGCGGCGGCGCCGCUGCUGGGGUCGAAGAGGAGGCACGAGGGGUGCCCCGGUUGCCGGCUGGACGAGGCCAAUAAGACCAACGCCGGCGUCCCCUACCUCAACUUCUUCUAUAUUUGGAUCGUCUGCCUUACUUCCACUCUGCCGAUCCAGUCAUUGUUCCCUUAUCUAUACUUCAUGAUCAGGGAUUUGAAAAUUGCAAAGCAAGAGCAAGAUAUCGGGUUCUAUGCUGGAUUUGUUGGGGCAACAUAUUUUGUCGCCAGAACUUUCAGUUCUGUGCCAUGGGGGAUAUUUGCUGACAAGUACGGAAGGAAGCCUUGCAUUGUAAUCAGCAUCCUCUCAGUGAUUGUGUUCAACACACUCUUUGGCCUUAGCACUAGUUAUUGGAUGGCAAUUGUAACUAGGGGGUUACUUGGGUUGCUCUGUGGUAUACUGGGACCAAUCAAGGCCUAUGCUACAGAAGUUUGUAGGAAAGAGCACCAAGCUCUAGGAAUCUCUCUCGUUACGUCAUCCCGUGCAAUAGCUCUUGUUAUUGGCCCAGCCAUUGGAGGGUUUCUUGCACAACCUGCAGAAAAGUACCCAAAUAUUUUUCCCAAAGAGUCCAUAUUUGGGAGGUUUCCAUAUUUCCUCCCAUGCUUUGUCAUAUCGAUACUAGCAACAGGAUCAUGUAUUGCAUGCAUUUGGCUUCCGGAAACACUGCACUUUCAUAAUGAUCAAAAGGUCAAAGCUAUUGACGAAUUGGAGGCAGAAGUUGGUGACUCCAACUUAGAAGGUGGAAAAGUUAAAGAAUCUAGCGACACAUCUACAAAGAACCUACUAAAGAAUUGGCAAUUGAUGUCAGCAGUAAUUAUCUAUUGUAUCUUUUGUCUCCAUGACACAGCCUAUCUUGAGACAUUUUCACUCUGGGCAGUGAGUAGCAAAAAAUUUCGAGGCCUGAGUUUGACGUCCCAGGAUGUUGGCAUUGUGCUAGCUGUCUCAGGUUUGGGUGUUCUGGUAUACCAACUUGUUCUUUAUCCUUUUAUUGCCAAGUCUUUUGGACCAAUCAGGCCAUUACGUCCUGCUGCGGUCUUGUCUGUACUUCUUCUCACAACAUAUCCCUUCAUGGCCAACUUAGAUGGGAUGGAGCUGAAAACAUUAAUCAACAUAGCUUCACUGUUGAAGAACAUAUUCUCUGCUACAAUUACUACUGCAUGCAACAUUCUGCAAAACAAUGCAGUGACACAAGAACAAAGGGGUGUUGCAAAUGGCAUCUCUGUGACUCUAAUGUCAUUGUUCAAAGGUGUAGCUCCAGCAGCAGCAGGGAUUUUGUUUUCGUGGGCUCAGAAGCACACAACUGGAUUGUUCUUACCAGGUGAUCAGAUCCUAUUCCUCAUUAUAAACAUGGUGGCAAUAAUUGGACUGAUUUUGACAUUCAAGCCAUUUUUCUCCAUGUCAAUGCGCUGAGGUGUUCAUAACAAUGUGUGUUUCAUUAUCAUUCAUAAGUUAAAUAAAGGUGAUGUCAUAAUGUAGGCCUCAAAUUUGAAACUACAAGAAUCCAUGUACUAUAUAGGCUCAUAAUUUAACCUUAUGCUCAAUUCUGCAAUCAGUGUGAAGAGGCUCUCCAAAUUAUUUUUGGUUGUAAACUCCAGGACACUAGAUGCUUCAUCAGUGUGUAAAACAUUAUAAGAUGAUGCUGAGCUCAGAUACUUUUGUAACAUCCCAGAUUUUUGUAAUAUGUUGUGAUGUAAAAAUUCCAAGCUUUUUUAAUUUGUUUGUACGAUUGAAUGUUGCAUGCAA